AUUUUUGCUACACAACGGGUUCGGUGUUCGGAAUCGGAUUUUUAUUUAGUGUUAGUCAGUGUUAGACUGUGUGCGUAUGCGGUGUGUUUGAACUUGCGAAAUAUACGUGCGUGAAAAGUGAUUAAAUGAGCUUUAUAACGGUUUUUUCAUAUGUUAAUACAUUCAAUCUUGCUGUGAUAUAGUCGUUUUAUACGUUGAUUUUAAAUAAUGUUGUGUUUUAAUUGUGAUCUUAAUUAUUUAUUUAAACACGAUCGUAGUGAAUAUCAGUGCAAUAAUCUAUCGAAGUGAUUAUAAUAAUAAUAAAAUGCGGUCGAGCUUAGUAUUUUUCGUGUCUUUUUCAACAAUAAUAAUUAUUAUGGCAAGGUGAUAUCGUUAAGUAGUACUUUUAAAAUGGAAGAAGAAGAAAGAUCAUCUUUGAAAAAAUAUCCAAUACUUCGGCACAACUUUGUAUGGCGAAGUAACAUGAAAUUAUUGUUCACCUUUCUCCUAUUGUUUCUUUGUCAAGGAUUAACACCUUCGGUUCUGGGUGAUGAAAUCAUUACGCCUCCUAAAUUCACUUAUCAACCAACAGCUGGAAGUAUUGUCAACGAAGGAGGAACGAAAAUUUUAAAAUGUGAAGCCGAAGGUAAUCCAAAACCGAUGUUUAAAUGGUUGAAAGACGAUCACGAAGUCAGCGAUUUCAUUUCGGAAUGUUUUUAUAAAAUUCAACCGGUUCGUCGAGAGGAUGCUGGCUUUUAUCAAGUGAUAGCGAAAAAUAAAGCUGGUUCGAUGUUAUCGCAAAAAAUCAACGUUACCAUUGCUUAUAUGGGAAGAUUUUCGGAUUCGGUACCGGAUGAAAUAACCGUAGAGUAUGGAGACGCAGCUGUUAUAAAUCUACCUCCCAUUGAUAGCUUUCCGAAACCGGCAAUCGCGUGGGAAACAGACGACCAUUCAAUGAUUUUCGGCGAUCAAUAUGUCACCGAUUUACCGGGCAAAAUGAUCAUUGUAUCGGUAUCUAAAGAACACGAAAAGUCGUACAGAGCACGAGCUGCAAAUACACAAAUCGGCAAAGAAGCCUAUUCACCUUAUGUUAGAUUAGUAGUCAGCGAUUCUAAUCCGUUCAAAGAAGUUGACUCCAAGUUCAUCGUUAGCCCUGAAAAUGUAGAAGUUGUCGAAGGAAAGGGCAAUAUUGAAUUGCAUUGUGUUACCAAUAUCAGAAAUUAUCAAUUUGUGGAUAAAAUGUGGUUGAAAGAUGGUAUACCGUUGGAAAAUUGGGGAUUUAGAACGAAUUAUGAUCGAUGGAAAAGAACUCUGUCUGUGGUAAAUGCCAGCACCGAUCAUGCUGGAAAUUAUACGUGUGAAAUUAAAUACAAAAGGAUACAUAUGGCAGCCAGUGCUAUUGUCUCGGUUCUAACUCCACCGAGUAUUACGAAUGUCGUUCCUCGAGAAACUUUAGAAGAUUAUAAUUCGAUCGUUAAAUUACCUUGUAACGCUAUUGGCAAGCCUUUUCCUAAUAUUACCUGGUAUAAAAAUGCGGUAGAAGUCAGCAAAUUAUCCCAACCGAUGAGGUAUUACGUGGAAGAUGGAAGUACUCUAGUAAUAAAGAAUUUAAGGGUUGAAGAUACGGGAUUAUUUCAGUGCGUUGCCUCCAACGAUGCUGGAAUGGAUUCCAUUGUUUAUUGGCUCAAAGUCAGAAGUUCAACUCCGGUAAUGGAACUUGCACCAAAAAACACCACUGUAUUUGACGGUAGCGAUAUUAUAUUGAAUUGUCGCGUCGCCGGAGCACCUAUUCCUAACAUCACGUGGUAUUAUUACGAUUCACAACCAAUACCGCAAAGUAAUCGAUUCCAGUAUUUAGAAGAAGGCGAUUUAUUGAUCACUGGAGCACGUGUUGGUGAUAGCGGAAAAUAUACUUGUGUUAGAGCCAAUGAAGCUGGUAAAGUCGAAGCUAGCGCCUAUUUAGCUGUGCGAAUGAAAACGCAAAUAUCUCAGCCACCCUCAGAUACCAAAGUUUUACUCGGACAAGACGCAGUACUGCAAUGCAAAGUCUCCGGCGAUCCUAACGUUCCUUAUCAAAUCGACUGGUUUCAUAAUAACAGAGUAAUCGGGUACGAAAAUCCUCGCGUUAAUAUUAGCAACGAUGGUACUCUCACGAUAAAAGCAGCCAGACCUACCGAUGUCGGAGACUACAAAUGUUUGCUGUUGUCGAGCGGAGGGAACGAUACACGCGUAGCGAAAUUGAACGUUAUUGAGUUACCAUAUAGUCCUACGUCCAUCAGAGCAGAACGAAUUGAUCACAGGACAGUGAAUUUAAGCUGGGCUCAUGCAUUCGAUGGCAAUAGUCCUAUACUAAAGUACAUUGUGCAGAAACGAGAAGUUCCUGAUAUAGGUCCAAUCGUAGAUCCUUUGUUGAACUGGGUUACCGAGCUUAGCAAUGUAUCAGCUCACGUGAACUCGAUAUUGUUGACGAAUUUGAAAGCUGCGAGCUCUUAUCAGUUUCGAGUAAGCGCGAUAAAUGGUGUUGGCGAAGGAUCCGCCUCAGAUGCUAGUAAUAUUGUUCAGUUACCUCAAGAACCUCCUUCUGGACCUCCGACAAAUUUCGCCGGAUCUGCUAGAUCGUCUUCGGAGAUCAUCACGCAAUGGCAGCCUCCUGCUGAAGAUGUGCGCAAUGGACGAAUAUUAGGAUACGUUAUACGAUACAAAUUGUACGGAUAUGAUUCUACUCCGUGGACUUAUAAGAAUAUUUCUACCGAAGGUCAAAGAAAUUACCUGAUCGAACAGUUGAUCACGUGGAAAGAAUAUGUUUUGCAAAUCGCCGCCUUCAAUGAAAAAGGAAUAGGAGUUUUUAGCGAAGAAGUCAAAGUGAAAACUAAGGAAGGAGUUCCUGAAAUGAGACCGGAAAAUGUAAACGUGAAACCUAUAAAUUCAACGGCGGCUUAUAUAAAAUGGGAUCCAUUACAUCCUCAACAUAUCAACGGAGUUAAUCAAGGAUAUAAAAUACAAGCGUGGAAAGGCGAAACAAUGCAUCGAGAAAUAACAGUACCGCCUAAUUUAAUUGAUUCAUUCGCUCCUCUAACUGCUGUAAUGAAUGGUUUAGAAAAAUACACCGAGUAUAAUGUAACAGUAUUAUGUUUCACCGACCUCGGCGGAGGUCCUUCUAGUCAACCGGUUUUGAUUCGAACUCACGAAGAUGUUCCGGACGAAAUAAGCGAUCUUCAAUUUCAAGGUAUAUCCGAUCGAUCGGUAAUUGUGGUUUGGAAUCCGCCGAAACACCCGAACGGUAUUCUGAAAGGGUAUUCGAUUUCGUAUUCUAUUCGAGAUAAACCGAAUACCGUCAAGAGUGAGAACUUAACCGAGCUUACUACUCAAAUAAGGAUUAAUGAUUUGAUGCCGUCCACUCAUUAUAAAUUCGAAGUAUACGCUUGGACUCAAGUUGGCCCCGGUCCUACGAGGGUUGCAGUGAUACAAUCAGGCGUUGAACCGGUACUUCCUCAUCCACCGACUAAGCUAGCUGUUACGAAUAUCGAAGCGUUUUCCGUCGUGUUACAAUUUACUCCCGGCUUCGAUGGCAAUUCUUCUAUUAUUAAAUGGAUCGUAGAGGCUCAAACACGCCGAAACGUGUCGUGGUUUCCGAUUUACGAAGAAUCGAAUCCGGAAGCUACCACUUUAACGGUGAAUAAUCUGAUACCCUUUACUACGUAUAAGUUACGUUUGAUAGCGAUGAACGUGGUGGGAUUAUCGGAUCCGUCCGAUGCUACCAAAGAGUUUCAAACGAUACAAGCGCCUCCGGCUCAUCCGCCUUGGAAUGUCACCGUUCGAGCGAUGUCCGCUACUCAGUUACGUGUUCGAUGGACGCCUUUGCAACAAACUGAAUGGUUUGGCAACGCGCGUGGAUAUAAUGUUACCGUUAGAGAAUUGCGUUCCGGAAGUGGUUCAUUCAAGGAUUCGAUACCUUAUUCCGUUACAAUCGACGAUCCAACUAGUAACUCGUUCAUUUUAGAGAACUUGGAAGAGUAUACGGAUUAUGAAAUCGUGAUGAUCGCUUUUAACGAUGUGGGUUUUUCUCAGCCUAGUCCAUCUGCUAUUGAAAGAACCAAAGAAUCUGUGCCAUCUUCGGGACCGAUUAAUGUUAUGGCAAAUGCUACUUCUUCUACCACUAUCGUAGUACGUUGGGGCGAUGUACCGCCUGAGACGAGAAAUGGACAGAUUGAAGGAUUCAAGGUUUAUUACGGAUUAUUUUCUCGAUCAUCUCAUCCGGUUCUUUUCAAAGAUAUCCCGAAUAAUUACACUUUCACCACUACUUUGACGGAACUUCGUAAAUAUUCGCAAUACAACGUUCAAGUCUUAGCAUAUACGAGACUAGGUGACGGUAUUUUAUCGACUCCGCCAGUUCGAGUACAAACUUUCGAUGACACACCUGGUCCACCAUCUAAUGUUUCAUUUCCCGACGUGACGUUAACCACCGCUAGAAUUAUUUGGGACGUACCUGAAGAACCCAAUGGUGAAAUUUUGGCCUAUAGAGUUGAUUACAGAUUACAAACCUACGGUAACCAUAAUCAUUCGAUGAAGUUUAGUCCUCCUGAUAGAACUUACACGGCUUCGGAAUUGGAACCGGAACAAUAUUACUUGUUUUCGGUUACUGCUCAAACGAGAUUAGGAUGGGGUAAGACUGCUCAAGCAUUGGUGUACACGAUUAGUAACAGAGAACGACCACAGCCUCCCUCUGCCCCUGUGAUAAGCAGUAGUCAAAUUCAAGCUACUCAAAUAACUUUCAGUUGGGUUCCAGGUAGUGAUGGAUUUGCUCCUUUAAGGUAUUACACGAUUCAAAAAUCAGAAAAUUCUGGCGUAUGGGUUACAAUUCCUCAAAGAGUUGAUCCAUCGUUAACGUCGUUCACCGUAACUGAUCUGAAACCUUUCACCAACUAUCGGUUUCGAGUUCAAGCAACGAAUGAUAUAGGUCCAAGUAUCUUUAGCACUGAGUCGCGUGAAGUUCGAACUUAUUCAGCUGCUCCUAGUAAAGGGGUAGAGAACGUCAAAGUUGUACCUAUUACAACUACCAGUGUGUUGAUACAAUGGACACCUCUGGCAGAGAAUUAUUGGAGCGGAGAUCAUUCGACUGGCGGUUACACGGUGUUAUUCCAACCAGCUUCGGAUUACCCGGUGUCGUUAGAAAUAACACCUACUCAAAAAGUGCUCGAAAUUCAGUCAUCAGAAGUGAUUCUUUCGGAUUUAACCAGAGAUCGUAACUACGAAAUAGUUGUAAUUCCGUUCAAUUCCCAAGGCAAUGGCCCUCCGAGUCGUCCGAUUACGGUUUACGUCGGCGAGGCGGUACCUACCGGGUCUCCGAGGAAUGUCGAAGCUGAACCGAUCUCGUCAACUGAAGUUCGAUUGAAAUGGUUACCUCCGCAACAAAGUCAGCAAAAUGGCGAUUUGCUCGGUUACAAGAUAUUUUAUUUGGUGUUGGAAUCUCCUCAACAAGAAGACCGAUCUAUCGAAGAAGAAAUCGAAGUAGUUCCUGCAACUUAUACAUCGUAUAACUUGAUCUUUUUGGAUAAAUAUACCAAGUAUAGGAUUCAGAUUUUAGCAUUUAAUCCGGCCGGCGAUGGUCCACGUUCUGAUUCAGCUGUUGUCAAAACGUUACAAGGAAUCCCCGGUCCUCCUAAUGAUCUCAAAUUCACCGAAAUUACCAUGAAUAGUUUAGUCGUUUCUUGGCAACCGCCUAAAAAAAUUAAUGGCGAGUUGAUUGGUUAUCUAGUCACCUAUGAAACAGCCGGCCAAAACGAAAGUUUCAGUAAACAAGUAAAACAAAAAGUUUCUGAAACGAAAUUACUUAUUCAAACGCUCGAAGAAGAAGUUACUUAUAUGUUUACCGUACGAGCCCAAACAAUCGACUACGGUCCGCCUGCGAAAGCCAAUGUUACCACAGGACCACAAGAAGGAUCUCCAUCUCGACCUCGAGAAUUAGCUGUAGCCAAAUCUGUGUCCAAUAUUGAGAUUAAAUGGAUCAACGGUGCGUCUGGUAAAGGACCUAUUUUGGGUUAUUAUUUCCAGUCUAGAAGAAGAGAUGAAAGUCGUUGGAUGACGGUUUAUCGUACGGAUAAUGGUCCUUUGGAAGAAUAUUCCAUAUCUUAUCAGAGUUUAUUGCCAUCAGCUAUGUAUCAAUUCCGAGUUAUUUCGUAUAACGAGUACGGUGUUAGUUAUCCGGUCACUUAUGACAAUUAUAUUCAUACUCCUUCAAAAUUAUAUUUCGAGUACGGUUAUUACAAAAUGACUCCUUUUUAUCACCAAUCUUGGUUCAUGGUGGCGUUAGCCGCCGGAUCCAUUAUCGUUAUUAUAGUAGUAGUUGCCAUUCUAUGCAUUAAGAGCAAAAGUUAUAAGUAUAAAAAAGAGGCUCAGAAAUCUCUAGAAGAAUCUCUAGCCAUGGAUAUAGAUGAUCGACAUCGCUUAGCAAUGGAAUUAUAUCGAUCGAGGCGAAUGAGUAGUAGUACUCUAAAUCGACCUGCUGGUGCUGCAAGUUCCUCAGGAACAUUAAGUAAAAGAAAUACGUUAAAUAGAAAAUCACAGUUACCACCCAGUGUUCCUCCGAUGGUCGGUAAAUCACCACCGAGACCUUCACCGGCCAGCGUUGUUUACCACAGCGACGAAGAAAGUCUGAAGGAUUACGAUGAGAAUCCAGAUGACAGCAGUUUGACUGAAAAAGCUUCGGAGAUCAGCUCUACAGAGCAGGCUUCGGAAAGCGAAAAUGAAAGUAUACGUUCGGAUCCUCAUUCGUUUGUGAAUCAUUACGCAAAUGUGAAUGAUUCCCUUAGACAAUCGUGGAAAAGGCAAAAGCCAGUUCGAAAUUAUUCCAGUUACACGGAUUCCGAACCAGAAGGCAGUGCUGUGGUUAGUUUAAACGGAGGUCAAAUUGUUAUGAACAAUAUGGCGCGAUCUCGUGCACCUCUACCAGGGUUUUCCUCGUUUGUAUGAAAAAAUUUGUUCUUUGCAAUAUGUUUUAAAAUACCGUUUUUAAUUUAUUUUUUUCUUUUUGUAGUCAUUGCUUGUUUUUCUUUUAUUAUUUUUUGUUGUAUAUUUUCUUGUGCAUAUUUAACCGUUUUCUUCUCCUUACUUUUUAUUUUUCUUUCGUGUUAUUUCGAUGAAUUAUUUUUGACAGUAUUUUUUUUUAAUGUGUUAUUUUAAGAACAACGAUUAUUUAAUCUUAGGCUGUGCAAUUUUUGAAAGUAUUGAUUGUAAUUGCAUCGGCGGUAAUUACUUUCUGAAAAAGAUACUUUUUGAUAAGGUUUUAUUUCGGAUUUACUUAUGCAAUUUUAUCGCAAUUUUAAGUUGUAGGUUUGAAUUUUUUUUUUGAAAUUGUUUUUUUCAUUAUUUAUGUGUUCAGUUGUGUUAAGUUUUUGAUGUUUUUCUCGGUAGAAAGUGUUUUUUUAUUUUUUAAUACGCAGCUUUUUCGGAAUUGAAAAAUUUCUUGUUUGAAUGUCUCAAUGUGAAAGAAUGUGAACUUUUCUUUUUUUGUUACAUUCAAGUUGGAAAAUUAUGGUGAUUUUCAUUAAAUAUGACGAAAGGCGAAUACGUGUUUUUAGCAAAGGGUUCGGGAGUAGGGGAUGCAGUAUUUUCAUUUCAUUAUGAAACUUUCAACUAUAAUUUUUAAACUUUGAUUGGUUUUUUUUUUUAAUUGGAGGGAGAAAUUAUAAGUCCUUAACAGGUUUAUGAUUCGCCAUGAUGUUCAAAUGCCAUAAAUUCAUUAAUUAUAGGAUCAUUUAUUUAUUCAAAUAUCUCAUUUAUUUAAAAAAAAUAGAUCAGGUAUUCGAAUAACUACCCCUCUAGAACGAUUCAUGCCUUUAUGAAAAUCAAAAUAUAUUUUCCAUAUUAAAUAAAUCCUUUAACUAGUUUUUUACAAUUUGAAAAAAUUAAUAAUAAUUUUCAAAGGGUAUUUUUUGACGAUAUUUUGUUUUAACCACUUUGUGAAUUAAAGUGCCUUAUAAAAUAAGUGAUAUUUAAUUGCUCAUUUGUUGUACUUUAGUAAUUUGUACAUAUCACAAGAUUAGAUGAAUCAUUCUACUUUUUUUCGAGGGAUUUGUUCCCAUUGUUUUAAUUUAAGCUCCAUGAACACAAUUUGCUUUCUCGCAAGUAUCUUGAUUUAAAUGCAAGGUGUUGCAUUGUUUGUAUUUUUAACAAUACUGCCAUUUUUUUUAUAUUACUAUUUUGUUCAAUUCAUUAAUCAAAUCGUUGUUCGGUAGUGCAAAAUGACUUCGUAUACGUAUUUGUUUGCCUACGUUUUGCAUUUAUUAUUUGUUGUAUUUUUUAAGAAUAGCACAUUCCAAUGUUUUUUACUUUAUGUAUAGGUAAAAGCGAAUCGUUAAUUUUAGUAAUUUUAAUAGUCUAUUGACUAGUUUAUUACGUUGAAAUUUAUUUCGUUGUGAUCUGUGAUGUUUUAAGCAAUUUAAGAGCAUUCAAGAUUUAUUUUUAUAUAAACGUGUAAAUUUUUUUGUAAAUAUUUGUCUUUUUUUAUUUUCGAAUUUUAUAUUUUUACGAAUUUUAGGAUGCUGUAUUUGUAAUAAAAUACAUAUUUACGUAUA